UGCUGGUCGUCAAUCCAAGAUGGCACUCACCCUAGUGGAGCAUGUUGUGGCUGACGCAGGAGCAUUUUUGAAGAAAGCUCCUCUUCAGGAUAUUGGCAAGAACAUUUACACAUUGAAAGAUGUGGUGGAAGAGAUCAGAGACAAACCCACCAGGAGGAGUUUGGCCUUCCUGCCGUACCAGCUUCAUUUCAAAGAGCCGCAUCCCGAACACAUCAGACAUGUGACGGAGUUCUCAAAGAAGACCGGAGACUACCCGAGUCUUUCAGCCACGGAUAUCAAAGUCAUGGCUCUGACGUACCAGCUGGAGCUGGAACAUGUCGGUUCCGAACACCUCAGGAGAGAGCCAGAGGUCAAGGUCAAUAUACAAAGCACACAGCGUCACCCAGAGGCUCCGGUUAAUCUUGCAGGAUUUCACUUCCCCUCCCAGAAACCUGUGAAAAGUUCUUGUAGCAGACCGACUUGCGCAGAGACAGUGACUCCAGGCCGUCAUGAUAGUGAUAAGUUUAACAACUUCCAGUUUUGGAGAGAGCCGCUGCCAUCCAUCGACAAUGAGCUGCUGAAGUUACUGAAUCCAGCCGAGGUUGUGAACAACAAACAGAAGCAGACGUCUCCUGUGGUGUCAGACGGUGACAAGUUUAACAGCUUCCAGUUCUGGAGACAACCGUUGCUGACCCUCGAUGAAGACCUGCUGGACUUACUGAAAGUGGACGGCAUCUCGGAGACGUUGCCUAAGAAAGAUUGCCAGUCAAAUGAUGAGGACAAAGAGAAUGAGCCUGGAGAUGAAGAGGAGGAUGAAGAUGACGGAGGAGGUUGGAUCACUCCCAGUAACAUCAAAGAGGUGAAGAUGGACUCCCCUGACUGGGUGGCUCCUGCUGAUGUCACAGUCGGAUGUCUUACCACCGACUUCGCCAUGCAGAAUGUUCUAAUCCAGAUUGGACUUCAUGUCCUCUCUGUUAAUGGCAUGGUGAUCAAACAGGCGAGGAACUACAUCUUGAGAUGUCACGCCUGCUUCAAGACGACGAGUAACAUGGACAAAGUUUUCUGUCCUCACUGUGGAAACAAAACUCUGAAGAAGUUGGCGGUGACAGUCGGCGAGGACGGCAGUAUGAAGAUGCAUUUCUCCUCAAACCCCAAAGUGCUGAACCCAAGAGGACUGCGGCACCCGCUGCCUUUGCCUCAGGGCGGGAAACAUGCCAACAACCCUCAACUGGUGGAGGACCAGCAAUUCCCCCAGCAGAAACUGUCCCGGAAGGCUCGCCAGAAGAACGACGUCUUCAACCCAGACUACUUGGCCAACGCGUCGCCUUUCUGCGAGAAAGACAUCUACAGCCGAGCGGCCAACCUGCAGAUCCGAGACGGCCAGUGUGGAGGUGGCAGGAGACGGGCAAACCCCAACGCUGCCCGCAAGAAGUUUGUUAAAAAGAAGUGAGGAGUCGAUGGAACCGUUUGGACUCAUGGUGAUGCAAUAUUAUCAGAUCUGUUUGAGGUUCAGUCGAGAUGCAGAUGCCCAGCAAUGUGCAGAGAUUGUAACAGCUCCAUCUAAUUAUGUGCCAGAUUCUGUAGUUAAUCAAUACGUCGUUUUUAAAAACAUCAUUCAUGUAUUAAAUCUGCUGAGGCAUUCACAGACUGACAUCUGAGAUACAAAAAUCAGCUGCUGAACACCAACUAAUGGAUGAGUCCAGUUUAUUACAACUGUCUUACUCUUAUUAUUAGGGCCCAAGCAUGAAUGCUAGUUAUAUUAUUAUUGUUAUUACUAUUAUUAUUGUUAUUAUUAUUACAACAACAACAACAACAACAAUAGAAUCAUGGACAAAAUCAUCAAAUACUGUUUUGUUAGUGAUUAAAGGUAGUAUCAAAAAUUUCAUAAAUGUGUAUGUAUGAGUUUGUGAUAAAGAUGUGGAGGACUGUAAGUUUAAGACCAUUUAUUUAUUUUUUGUAAUGAAGAAUUAUCCCUGUACCAAAAGAACAGUAGGCUCAGAAUUUCACAGAAUGCAUCAUUAACAUAAGGCUUAAUAAAAUAAGAACUGUUAAA